AUGAAUUGUUUAUGUUGGAACGCCCAAGGUUUGGGGAAUGACCGGACGUUCCAAAUUUUCCAUUCCUACGUGAAAGAAUUCUUACCUGAUGUUGUCUUUCUCUCUGAAACCCUCGUCACCCAUUCGGUUCUUGAAUUCAUGCGUGUUCGUCUUGGUUUUGUGGGGAAAUUAGUGGUCGAUAAGGUGGGUCGUAGUGGUGGCUUAUGCUUAUUUUGGUCUUCUAAUGUUGAUGUGGUUUUGAAAGGUUACUCAAAAAGCCAUAUUGACGUAAUGGUUGGCUCUCACAGCAAUCGUUGGUGGAGGUUUACUGGGUUUUAUGGCCAACCCGAUGUCUCAUUAAGGCCGGUGUUUUGGCGGUUGGUUGAAAGGUUAGCGGAUGGUUUUUCGGGUCCGUGGUUGGCUGGUGGUGAUUGGAAUGAGAUUCUUUAUGGGCAUGAGAAGAGCGGUGGCCCUCCUCGGGCCCAGGUUCUUAUGGAUAACUUUCGACGUUCCCUAGCUUACUCCGGUCUUUCUGAUAUGUGUUUUGAAGGAGCAAGAUAUACUUGGUGCAAUCGUCAUAAAGAUGAUUCUUCUUCUUGGUCGGCUUAUCUUCAGACUGAAAAAGAGUUAGAUGUGUUGGUGUACAAAGACGAGAAAUAUUGGGCUUCACGAUCAAAAGAUUCCUGGCUUAGGCUUGGGGACAAAAAUUCUUCUUUGUUUCACCAAAGUGCCUCGCAUAGGAAGCGGAAAAAUGCAAUUGCUGGUAUUUUGGAUAGUGAUAUGAACUGGGUGGAGGAGCCGAGUGGUAUAGCCUCGGUCUUUGAAGAUUAUUUUGGGACCUUGUUUACUUCUCAUAGACCUUCCUCAGUUGUGAUGGAUAUGGUGUUGUCUUCUGUCCCGAGUCGUGUUUCUGAUGAUUUGCAUGCAACCCUUCUGCGUCCUUUCACCGAAGCUGAUGUUUGGAUUGCUCUGUUUCAAAUGCAUCCCAGUAAAAGUCCCGGGAAGAAUGGUAUGGGCGCUGGCUUCUACCAAAAAUUCUGGGGUACCGUUGGGCAAGAUGUUUGUAAGGCCUGCUUGGGAUUCAUUGCUGGUACUGGUACGGUGAGUAAUAUUAAUGAGACUAUUAUCACUUUGAUUCCAAAAAUUAAGAACCCUACUCGCACUAGUGAUUUUCGGCCCAUUAGCUUGUGCAAUGUGCUUUAUAAGAUUAUUGCUAAGAUGAUUACCAACAGAUUGCGGGAAGUGUUAAAUGAUGUAAUCUCUGAGGAGCAAAGUGCGUUUAUCCCUGGACGCCUUAUUUAUGACAAUGCUAUGAUUGGGUUUGAAUGUCUCAACGCAGUCAAGCGGCAUAAGAAAGGUAAACAGGGGUACCUUGCUUUUAAGGCUGAUAUGGCUAAGGCUUAUGAUAGGGUGGAUUGGGCUUUCUUGGAGGGUAUGAUGAUGUGGUUGGGCUUCCCUAGUGGGUGGAUUGCUUUGAUUAUGGGAUGUGUUACAACUGUUUCUUAUGCGAUUAAUGUUAACGGGGAUGUUAUUGGUCAUAUUGUCCCUACUCGUGGGUUGAGACAAGGUGACCCACUUUCACCUUUUCUCUUCUUAAUUUGUGCUGAAGGACUCUCCUCAAUCAUCAAACAAGAGCUUCGUUUACACACUAUUUCGGGUCUUAAGUGUGGUCGGCGUGGUCCUAUUGUCUCUCACCUCUUUUUUGCUGAUGAUAGCUUUUUCUUCUUGGAAGCUACUGUGGCGAGUUGCACUAGAUUUAAGGAAAUUCUUAUGCUUUAUGAAGAUGCUUCAGGCCAACUUGUUAACUUAAAUAAGUCUGCUGUGUGUUUUAGUUCUCGUGUGAGUACUCAGGAUCGUGAUGGUUUGGCUUAUAUACUGGGGGUCCCUUUGGUUCCUUGUCACGAUAAGUAUUUGGGCUUGCCUUGUUUUGCCGGUAAAAGCAAAAGUGCUCUCUUCCAGUCUAUUAAGGAUAAAGUUUGGAAUAAACUGUUUGGUUGGAAAUCCAAACUUUUUUCUUCAGGGGGUCGUGAGGUGUUGUUGAAAUCUGUUGUCCAAGCUAUCCCCACUUAUGUUAUGAGCCUCUUUAGGCUCCCUGUUGGUAUUGUUAAUGAAAUCCACAAGUUAUGCGCUCGGUUUUGGUGGGGUGGGGACCCGGAUAAGAGGAAAAUGCAUUGGUGUACGUGGUCCUGUCUUUGCUGGCACAAAUCUGAUGGGGGUAUGGGAUUUCGUGAUAUGUUCCUCUUUAAUCAGUCUCUCCUUGCUAAACAAGCUGCUAGGCUCUAUAAUUUUCUGGAGUCGUUAGCUGCUAGAGUUUUGAAAGGAUUUUAUUACCCUACUACUACGGUGGUAGAUGUGGAACCCUCUAAAAAAACGUCUUUCUUAUGGAAGAGCGUGCUUUGGGGGAGGGACUUAUGGAAAAAUGGAGCGAGGUGGCUUGUGGGUCAGGGCGAUACUAUUAGUAUCACGAAGGAUGUGUGGAUUCCUAAGGAUCAUGUUGGUCGUGCUUACUCUUUUCGUGGGGGGCCAGAGUUUACUUGGGUGUGUGAUCUAAAGGACGAUAUGGGAAGGUGGAAUGCUUCUCUCAUUGAGGAAUUGUUUGAGCCAAUGGAAGCUAAAGCGGUGCUUUCCACCCCCACUUCUUCCUUUGAGAGACCAGAUCGUCUUAUUUGGCAUUUUACGGAGUCAGGAUACUAUACUGUCAAAAGUGGGUAUUGGAGUGAAGUGAAACGGUUAGGUAUAGGCCAAGCUUCAUCUUCUUCAGGUCAAUCUCCUUGGUGGAAAUUUAUGUGGGCUCUAUCUCUACCCACUAAGGUAAAAAAAAUUGUCUGGAAAGCGGCACUGAACUUUCUACCUACCCAUGCUAAUUUGAUGAGACACGACCUCUCUUCUCCACCCGUGUGUCCUAUUUGUUGUCAAAAUAAUGACACCACUCUUCAUGCUCUUUGGACGUGCCCUUCCCUUAAGAAUAUUCGGGGUGAAUGGCUUGUAAAAGGCUUGGAACCGCUGGGAAGUGCCUCCUCUUUCUAUGAAGUUAUUAUUGGGUGUAUGGAGAUUCUUGAGAAAAAAGAGGUGGAGGAAUUUUUGGUGUUGUGUUGGAGAAUUUGGUAUCGUCGUAACCAAUUUGUUCAUGAUAAUAAGCUUCUUGAUGACGGUAUGGUGGGUCCUUGGUCUCUGAAUUUUCUGUGGCGUUAUCAAGAGGCUCAAAACCAAACCCGAACUGAGGAAGGUGGUGGUGGGUCCUCUACGCAUCCUACUGUUGCGCAAGUGGUUCCCUUGGCUGAUGGAGAGAUGUGUGUUCAUGUAGAUGCUGGUUUAGAUGGUGAUAAAGGGAUGGUGGGUAUGGGGGCAGUGGUGGUUGAUAGCUUGGGGUUUGUUUGUUGCUCUGCUGCAACUCCAUUGACGACAUCAUUAGCGCCUCAUGUCCCUGAAGCAGCUGCUGCCCUUCAAGGGAUGCUUCUCUGUAUUCGCCUUGGCUUCUUUCGUAUUCGAAUUAGUACAGACUGUCUUCGUGUUUGCCAAAGCAUUGCCCGUAAGGAGGCUAAUAAUUCAGAAUAUGGCAUUGUUCUCCAAGACAUUUAUCAAGCAUGGAGCACUUUCUCGUCUAUUUCCAUUAGACAUUGUAAUAGAGCUAGUAAUUCUACAGCUCAUUCCUUAGCAAAACUUGCAUUAUCUCUUGAUUCUCCUAGAGUUUGGUGGCCUGGCUUGCUUUCAUGUCUGUGGCCGAGUUUGGUGGCCUGGCUUGCUUUCAUGUCUGUGGCCUUAAAACUAUUUAUGUUUGAUGUUUUUGCUUCAUCUUGGCUGUUUGCCCAAUAA